UAUACAUUCUCCACACCCCCCCUCGACUCCUACCUCGCCGUUGGAGACAUAGACGGUCAAAGAGAGAGUGUCAUAGAAACCAACCGUCUCGAAAAAAGCCGGCACAAACCACCUCGGGCGUUGUCCGCUUUCUCGAUCUCGAGAGGAACUUCUUGCUCCACCUACCUUUUUCUUGCAACUCGAUCGAUCUUACGCCCCUGUACACCAACUGGCUGAGGCGAUAAGGAGAGCCACAGAGAGAGAGGGAGAGAUAGAUUGAGAGAGAUAGCCGGUAGUUGGGGAGCAGCCAGAAUCCAGGAUAUCGGCGAAAAAGCUCGAGCCAAAGGACAUUCCCCUCCUGUCGGCGUUCUUGUGAUAUCGAUCGCAUUCCUCUGGAAGGAAUCCGUCAGGUCUCGCCUCAAUUCCGACGGAGAUCUUCUUGCUACGAUAUGUACAACCCCUUCGACCUGGAAUCUACCGACAACAACGACAACCGCAACAACCAUGCCAGCCUGACCGGAGCGCACCUCAACUUUGUACAACACCCCCCUCUCCCUACCUUUCUCCCACACGUCUUUCCUCACCCUCAUCCCGAAUCAUUCACCUCGCAAUCCGGGUCUUCAACCUUUCCGCCGACAAACCACCAGAUCUACCCGUUUUCUCCACCUGCGACAGUCCAUAAAGGGACCGCCGCAAGGGGACGUCGGGGAAGGAUCGUCUCCCGGGACCUGCACUUACAGUCCCAGCCUUACCCAUCCUCCUCGCAGGCUGGAUCUCAACAACAAUCGGGAUCAUGGAACCAGCUUGAUGAUGGACGACAGAACGAUUCGGGAUGGGUCUUGGGGAACGUCGAAGAUGGACAAAGUGGAGAUGUGCCCCGGACGGUCGGGAGACGAAGGGUUGGGAGGGGAAGAGGCAGGGCUGUGGAUUGUAUCACAGGCCUCCCGACCCCGCCGCAUACGAAGGAUAACCGGCUAGACCUCUCUUCCCACCUCAUGCAUCACCAACACCAUCAUCACCCUCCGAUGGGGGCUCUACCCCCGACGCCGGCUUCUACCGUACGGACGAAAAGGAUGGUAGAUUACAGGAACAUUUCGGGGACGAAGUUGGACAUCCCCGAACGGGUAUUGGAAGAGGAGGUCGAGGAGGAUGAACAAGAAGUUCGACUCGGUUCUAUUCAAGCACCGAGCGGGGAGAACGGGUCGGGCGCAUUCUUCUCAGGGAGAACGAGCAGGAUGUUUGCCAGGCAGAUCGGACCGGAUGGGAGUUGGCAAGUCGAACUACCGGGACAUCAGACGGGAUCGGGGUUGGCUGGGAGGAAGAGGAGGAAAGUGUUCGACGGGUCGGUCUGGGUCGUCGGUGGUAGCGAUGCCAACCAGAAUGAGAGCGCUAGCCACACUUUGGACGAGGAGGACGAUGGGUUGGCAGAUACGGACAGAGAAGGGACCCCUGAAGGAAAGGCCGGGAGCUUGCGAUCGAGCGUCCUGCUCAGUGCGGCGCCGAUCCCGGGAAUGAGAAAGGGAAACAGUUUCUUGCAACAGCUCGAGGCUGUGGCUGCCGAGAAGAAGCGAGAGGAAGAGGUGCAUCAACAGCAGCAGCAUCAGCAGCAGCGGGAGCGACAGCCCAAGAUGGGCGUGAACCCUUUCUCAGCGAGAAAGACGGGGAUAUCUUUGUUCGGAGGGGAUGCGGGGAGGAACCCGUUUGAUGAUGAUGAUGAGGCUACUGUGCCAGUGAUCAAACGACCGACGGGGAUGAAAGGUCGUUUGUUGUCCUUUGGCGAGUCUCGGCUACAAUCGAGUGACGAGGAGGAUAGCGAUCACGAGGAUCGCCAAAAUAUGGGUCGACGGCUACCCAGCCCGGCGGGGAUGAUCAACUUCAAGAGCACCAAGCCGUCCCUAUCUCGAUCGGGCUCGGCCGUUCUGGACGUCCCGGAGUUUGCAUUGAAACCGCCUGCAGGGUUAGGAAACCCGUUCGACGACCUGACGCCGGUGACGAGUCGUCAACCCGAGGCUGGACCGAGUUCGCCCAUCUCGACGUUGAUGGCGGGAGGACCGAGGGGGAAGAAGACGUGGACACGACCGGUCAGCGGUGGAGAGGACGACCCGUUUGCGGAAAAACCAGGCGACCUCGAGAGGAUGUUGGAGAGGCAGAGACAAUUCGUGAGGCGGCCAGAGAGACCGGUCAUGGAGUUCACAUUCCGUGGUCACAAGACGUCUGCUCCCAACCCGUUGUAUGGUCUCGACGAGACCCCGUUCAUGGCUCGCUUACCACCUUCACAUCCGGAAUUCUCCCCGGCGCCCAUUCCUCGACCCAAGUUUCUGCUCGACAAAUUCAUGGCCCAGGCCGAGAGGGCAAAGAGGGGAUCGUCGGCCGGUUCGUCCUCAGACGAGACGCCCAGUCCGCCUUUGGGAGCCAUGUCGAUCACGCCAGAUGGGUUUGUCGCACAUGGUGCAAGCUCGACGAGCAAAAGAGACACUCAAUCGAUACUCGGGAAACGAUCGAGAAGUGACCAGGAACGUGAUGAGGAGGAACAAUCGACGAGACCGCGGAGCGUGAGCGAGCAAGUGGGUGUUUCGCCGGGUCCUCGAACCCCGGCGAGGAAGAGAAUCAGGUCGAGCAUGCAUCCGGUGGGAAUCGUCGAGGAACAUCGAGGGUCGAACACGACGCCUCGGUCGACGGUGAGGAAGACGGGUCUGCAUAGGUUGUAAAAAGAAGACAAAAAAGGGCCUUGGCUUCGAUAUUCUUGCUGUUACUUUACGAUCAGAAAUAGUGUAGCGUAGCUUUCGACUUUCUACGAACGUGUUUUCGUCUUGUAUGGUCGUGUCUAACUUGUCAAACAAUCCAUACGAAUAUCAUACCA